AAUAUCGACCUCAUACAAGCAAUAGGCGUCCACAGUAGCGAGCCUCGCUGGGAAGACACGAAAGGCUGGUCCAAACCCUUAUGCCCAUAAUGGAACACGUCGCAAUCGAAGCGAGGCCCGCACCACUAGAAGAAUUGUGCGCGGCAGAAACACCGUCAAGGUUGCUAUGCGCCGAGACGGUGACGCCGAGCGCAAGUGCUCCUCGGAAAAGUCUUACGCUCUCGCUCUUCGUGACCUGGACGACCCUUGGAGGAAAGACGCGGCAUAAUAAUCUCACACUGAGACGGGUGGCGGCCGUUGACGAACUACAGGGCCUGGCAAAGGACCUCAUGACGCGGGCGUUUCCCGACACUACCAUGCCGGCCCACCUAACCACCUCGGCCGCGUGCCGCACAUACUACCACUACACUCCAGACCAGGAGUGCCUGAGCCUGCCAUCGGACGUGGCGCGCACGAACCUGAAGCUGGUGGUGUCGUACGACGGUUGGGAGUUCGUUGUGUACGAGCGGCUGUUGCGGACCGACCCCGCGCAGCCGGCGGACGCGGCGGAGACGCCGCUGCUCGUCACGAUGAUUGAGUUUGAGAGCACGGCCAUGGUGAUCGGCCACCUGGGCAUCCGGGUGCAGCUGGUGUCGUACCCCAUGAUCUCUAUACGCCGGGACUUCCUUGAUGAUGUGGACUUCCGGAUACGAACGGAUCCGGACACCUUCACCGGCAUACUCAGCUAACGACGCUCGAACCUAGAUGGGCAUGAGCCGCUGGAAUAAGCGGCUGUGAGAUUGAGCAGCUGGCGCUUUCAAAGUGUGUUAGAAGGGUGCGGCCCCUGCGGUGUACAGCUAUGUGUGCUAGGGGCAGCUUGCGCACCGCACCGCAUCUCGGCAUCUGGCAUGUGCUACACUGCUGAGCAGGUACCGUAUCAGGUAAUGAGUUAAAACUGGUGGGAGCGUGUGGUAGGAGUGAGGGCGUGCUGAGUUGGUGACUGUACACACAGAGCCGGGCCGCGAGCUGGACGUCGGUCCUCCUCACCGCAACACCGGGGGCCUAGGGAGUCAGUGACUCAGUGUCAAGUCUGUCUGUGUCAACUUGCGGUACUGUUGACGGUGCUGUUUUCUUGGACUCUAAGCAACAGCAUCAAAUGGUGAUGCAAAGUAUAUGGGUAAAUAUGGACCCUAAGUCAUAAGGUUAAGGACCACAUUCUAACCUGGCAGGUGCAUCGAUGGAGAGUGCGGUGCGGAGGCACGCCGGUGACGGUGGUACUUGUGGUGCAGCUAUGCUGUGUUGUCCAGCCGACCAUACCAUAUUGUUACCAUUUACCAUAGAAUGCUGGGUACACAUUAUGCCGAUACGGCUGACUACGGGCUUGGACUUUGCACGGACGUGUGAUUGUGUGAUUGACCUAGACGGCGGCGGAGAGGAAGGCAUGUUGAGGAGUACUGCUUGCGUGUGACUAAGGCGAUGACUGCUGACUCAAGUGCGUGCAUAACUUCUGAUGGUGAUGCGACAAGGACGCUGCACGGUUGAGGAGAACACAUUACCGGUAUAGCAGCAUUGCAGCAAGCGUGUGGGGAGGUGGAGAAUUGCUCUCAGAAACUGUGAGAUUUGGGGCUAUGCGUUGAGAGCCUGGAAACAGGUUGAUGGGUACCGGCGUCACGGCUAACGAGAGCUGGUGAAAGUGUGAAACUGUUGAGCAUCGAAAGCGUAUGUGACCAAAGCAAGAGGUGUUGGGAAUGAUGCAUUAUGUAUCAUAUGGGAGAGUUGGUUGGGCUCGGUUUGUCGGCUGUGUGGGGCGCCAGCCGGAAGGGCGGCGGCGGCAUCGUGCCUUCCCUGGUCCCUGCCGUGCACAGCAAAUUGCCUGUAAGUCCGUUUGGGUUGCAGCUUAUGUAAACACAGAGCCUU